AUGACCCUGAAAUAUCUCAUCACCGGCGCUACGGGUGGCCUUGGCUCUCAAGUGUUGUCUUACCUUAUUGCCAAUGUCCCCGCAUCUGAAUACGCAGCCGCUUCUUCGAGCGAAGCAAACCGCAAGCGUUUUGAAGAUCAGGGAAUUGCUUUCCGCGUGGUCAACUACGAUGAUCCCCAAGGCCUAGAGACUGCUUUUCGGGAUGUCGAGAAUCUCCUGUUUGUGAGCACCAACACCUUCGACGUCGCGAAGCGGGAGAAACAACAUCAAAACUUCGUCGAUGCGGCCAAAAAAAUGAAUGUCAAGCAUGUGUGGUAUACGUCCCUCGCCUUCGGCGGGUUCGGGUCCUCCGAGGCAGAUGUGCAACGGGCUCAUUUGUUGACUGAGGAGAUGUUGCGCAAGUCUGGUAUCAAUUACACCUCCAUGCGCGAGGGCCUUUACACCGAGGCAUUCCCCGUCUUCAUGAACUGGUAUCCCAACACCUCAGUCAUGCAUCUCACAACCGACGGGCCAAUUGCCUUUACCCUGCGCACUGAGCUAGGCGAAGCCACCGCCCGAUUGAUGAUCCGAGGAGGCCAUGACAAGGAGAUCGUACUCCUGACAGCUCAGCAAACCAUCACCUUCUCCGAGAUUAUCGACGCUAUCAACGAGACCACGGGGCGAAACGUGCAGGUCAAGUUCGUUUCCCCGGAGGAAUUCGUGCGAUUCAAGACUACCGAUGAUGAAGGCGGGAAACCGGAAGCAUUUUUCCAGAAGCUGGUGUCGUGGCACCAGUCAAUUGGCAAGGGAGAGGCUGCCACGACGGAUCCGCUGAUGGCGGAUUUGCUGGGCAGACAACCCACCCCGGCCCGAGAGGCCAUCCGGGGGUUGUUGCAGGAGAAUCGCGACUAUGAGUGGCAUCAGAACUAUGUGAAUCGGGGUUAG